AUCUGAUGGAGCCAGACUAGGAUGCGAUUAAACGUCAGGCCAGACAGGGAGAUUGAUAAUUCCUUUGAACUUGACCAGUGGUAUAAGAGUCCCACCUGGUCUUGCAUACGACCAAUAGUCAAGCUAGUUCACCCCAGAUAACCUACCCAGUCCUCUGGAACGACUCACGUACGGAGUACUCCGGACGCCUUGCAGCGACAGCUCUAGCGACUAUGUGAUAGGUAGGAUCAUGCGGGGUUGGCCAAGCUCGGCCCUCGGGGCUGAGUAUAGUCUCCCUGCCUGCGUGAGUCCUGCAAGAUGAAAUAACGACAGACUUGAACAUAGACCAGAGGAAAACUAUGAUGGCUGAAGACAAGCAGUUGAGAAUCCUCUCUCUUGAUAUGGCAGCGGUGUUCGCGGCGUAUCAAGCCUUCUCAUCCUCGAAGAUAUCAUGGAAUGAAUACAAGCGUGCUUUUUCUACCAAAACCCCCAGACAUGCCAUCCAAGAAGCGAUUAGACAGUGCUGCACAAAAGUGGAAUGCGUAAUCCGCUGGCGCCAAAGGGGCACUCAGCUGUUGAGACAUGCCUACAUUGCGCAGGCUGCGCAGGUAACUUCAGCUGCGAACAACCUUUUAAAGUCCUUAAAUGUUACACGGCACGAGAUAGAAUCCGUGAAUACUGGUUUCUGCUACAGUAAACCUUGCGAGAUCCUUGUGGAGGAAGGUUGGCAAUACUUCCCUGAAGGCAGACAGAUGAGAGUUCUUAGUGUUGGUAUGAGCCUUAGAGAUAUUGACAACAUAGACCUCGCCCGUCCUUCCAUCAUUGACGCGCCAGAAAAGGCGGCAAAAUCCUCCAGGAUCCUAGCGGCGAGAAGUUUUCGUGCAAGGCUCGCUCCGACUCACUUAUCGCUCCCGAUCGAUGAGGAUCCCGAAGGGAAUUAUGACGCUGACUAUGAUCAGAGCGGUAGUAUUGCGAGCCUAUUGCAAUCGUCCAUCUUUGAUCAACAUGACCAAUGCCGAAAUUGCCCGGGCUGGUAUCAGAAGGCUACAACGCAGAAGCCCCAUCCCACAUCCACUUUCAAUCGCGCGGCUAAAAUCAAGGAGUAUACUCCCCUCGGUGAUGACUGCGAUGACGUGGAAUUACCGUAUAUUAAAGCCUUCCUCGCCGUCCUCGCCGAGGAUAUCAAGGUGUUUCUGGAAGCUGCAAUUCCAUUUCACUGGGAAGCGUGCGGUCGUCCUGCACCGGAAGCGGAAUUAGGUGUGAUAUAUCAGGUUAUUACUAGAGGUUUACUGAUAUGCUUUCAAAGUGAAAUUGUCCACUUAUUGCAGCAGGAGGCUGAUCAAAAGAAAUCUAGACUGGAAGAGGUCGAUAGCGGCGCGGCUCACAGCGGGCCAAUUAGCGAAGAAGGGACUGAUUAUAAGCUACGUAAGCGGCAGCCAUUCGAGGAGCCCGGGGGUAUGCUCCCCAGGUGA